AUGGCUUCAGAGGAAGAAUAAUUGGACACCAUUGAGAAGUUUCAGAAAGCAGUAAAGUUGACAGCCAUUUUAAGAUAGAAACCAACAUCUGAUGAGGAAAUGCAACGAGCCUAAAAGGCUUUGAUUAAGCCUGUAUCAAUAAGAAAUGCUGAAGAUUUUGAGGCUAUUGAGAAAGUUAUGAUAAGAGUUAAGUUCUUUACGAAAGUCAAGUUAAAAUAUGGACUAUUGGUAUUUAAAGAAGUCUGCAAACAUUUAUAUUACAAAAGAGCUUAACCCGGUCACACCAUAAUCAAGGUGAAUAAUGAAGGAAAGGCUUUCUAUGUAAUUUUGAGAGGUAGUGUUGGAAUUAAUAUAUUUUUGCCAAAAGUCUCUCAAAAAAAAGCAGAAUCUAAAUCUACUUUUGGUUAGAAUGAAAUAGAAUUUGAGGAUGAACCUUUUGAAUACUAAGAAGUGAAUGUUUUAUCUGUAGGUGAUUCUUUUGGAGAAGUAGCCUUAUUAGAUCCUAAUUCCAAAACAACAGCAACAGUUAUUACAAAAGACAUAUGUGAAUUUGCUUGUUUGGACAAAGAACAGUAUAUUAAUAUUUUAGGAGUUUUAAAUCAAGCAGAAAUGAAUGAGAAAAUGUCUUUUGUUAGGGGUAUACAUUUUUUACAUGGAUGGUUUGAUAAUGACUUGAAGACUUUAAGUUUUCACUUUGAAUUAAUGUAUUAUGAAAGGAAUGAUGUAAUUUAUAGAGAAAAUUCAGUCAAUGAUGGAUAUAUAUACUUUCUAAAGAAGGGAGAGAUAUCAUUAUUGAAAUUAUUUUAGAGAUAAUAAAUUUACGUUUGUAACUUAUGUGUAGGAGAAAUAUUUGGAGAGGAAAUGUACUUAGGAAUUAAUAAUAGAUAGCAUACUGCUAUAUGUAAUGUUUAAGAUACAUAAGUCUAUAGAUUGGCUAAAAGUGAUUUAGAUAAAAGAAUGUGGUAGAUAGAAAAUAGAAAUUUAUUUAAAGAGAGUGUUGAAGUCAGGUGGGAAUGGAGAAAUUAAAGGUUUGAUAAUUUAAAGCUUUUUGAAGCAAAGGUUGAGUAAGAGGAAAAUCUUUAAAAAUAUUUAAAACCAAAAACUGAAGCGAUUAAUGAAAGACCUUAAAUAUAAUAGUCUCAUUCAACAAAGAUUUCUUCUUAUACUUGUGUAAAACCAUUUAAUUUUAUGGAACCAUUAACAGCUGCAGAAGAAUUAUUUGAAAAUAAUGGAAUUUAAUCAAAAAUUUUUUAAAAUAAAAUAAAAGUAAGACAAUAUAAUUCAUCAAAAUAAUCUUUAAGAAAUUAUACCUAUAUGAAAUAAUAGAGUUAAAUUGGACUUAUUAAAUAGAAUUAAUAACGAAAAGAAAGCCUAAAAAAAACUAAGCGAGUUAAUUCGUAAUAAUUUAAAUCAUUUUUAUAAUAAAAAUUUCAAUCUGAAGAGUAAAAUAUUUAAAAUUAACUUCCUUUCAAUUUUAUAAAUCAAGAGACUCAAAAUGAACCGACAGAAUAAUAAUAAAUUUAAUAAAAAAUGACUUCAUUUGGAUAAUCAUAAUAGAAUAGCUUAUAUGAAGAUAUAAUUUAGUUUGCUGUUUCUUAAAAAUAAAAAACACUUAUAAAAUUACCUUAAGCCAAUUCAACAAAAUAUUCUAGUAAAGAAAAUAGCUUUAAAAAGCUUUCUCAAGAUCAUAUUCAUCAUCGUAAAUCUCCGUCUAAUUUAUCAUAUGAAUUCUCGGAUGCUAAAGGUAGCUUCUAAUAUAAAAGGCUUUUUAAGUAUUGA